AUGACCUCGCGAAUUGGACCUCGGAGCGUCAAGGACGCCACGCGCUUCACCUCGACCGUCCCUCAUGCCACUUCAAAGUCAGCCGGCAGGCACGCCGCGGCCAUGCCCACGCCGCAGUCGAGGAUUCCUGGCGAGACGCCAGAGCAGCGGGUCAAGCGGCUGAGGCUGGCACACUUGGCGGCGCAAAAGGCUCAGAUUAGCCGUACGGACCGGGUUGUCGACGCUUCGAGGAGGUUUCUGGACGUUGCGCACCGGUGGACCGUUGGGGGGAUCGUCCUCUUUACCGCCGUGGCCGGCGUCGUGAGCAUCUACUCGGUAUGGGAUAUGCUACGGUAUAAUCGCGCCCGCCGCGCCGAGUGGAUCGAAGCCCAAAGGACGCUCGAAGCCGACUCCCUAUCCGCAGCUCGCGUGGCCUACCUCAAGGGCGAGGCCACGGAGGAACAAAUUGCGCUCGUCGAAGAGGCCAACCGCGAGGCCGAGGAAAAGGGCACCAAACUGCCGCCCCUAUUAUCCCCACCCGAGCACCGAACACAUUUCGAGGAGCGCGUCAAGCCCGCCUUCCAAAGUGCGGAUCACAGUGAGGGCAAGGGCAAGGGCGUUCUGGGCAUCCUAUCGGGUCUUUGGGGUGGGAGCCAGAGCGGCGACGGCAGCAGCCAAGUAGCAGCCUCGGACGAUCAAUCGGGAACCGGCGGCGUGGUGCGCUCCAUCGAGACGACUGCCAAGCAGGCCUGGGAUGCAGAGAAGGAAAAGCAGCGCAAGGGGGGCAGCCUAGACCAGCUGGGGCUUGACUCUGCGACUUCGAGUCCGGCACCCUCGGUCAAGAAGCGAUGGUGGCCGUGGUGA